ACACUCGUCCUCUGGUUAACAGAAAGUUUGAGUCGAUUCCAGCGUUGUGGCGUUGAAAAGACAGCGGCGUUAGCGAGACGGCUAGCGUUAGCUUUCGCUUGGGAUCAGGGUAAUACCUGGAGUCGAAUUGUGUGCCACCAGGAACGCCUUCGAAUGUUGCUUGGCUUAUCACAUACGCUAGCACCCGGCUAUUUAUAGGUAAUAGGUCUUGCCAUUUGAGACAAGCCUGCCAUAGCGCCUCCUGUGUUUGUUUUCCAAAAAGAUAAAGCACAAAAGCGAUCAGCAGAGGGUUCAAGUGCAGAGGAUGGAGAAGAUUCAGAUAAAGACGAAGGAAGUUACUGCCCCCCAGUGAAACGGGAGAGGACCUCUUCGUUAACACAGCAGUUUCCACCCCCACAUUCGGUUCCCAAGAACAAUGUAUUCAUGCCCUCAAGUUUCUGCCAGUCUCCAACUGGGAACUCUGACUCUGAGCCAGAGGAGAAGCCUGUGGGAUUCCGUUUAAAGCCACCAACUCUCAUACAUGGACAAGCACCAAGUUCAGGUGUCCCAAGUCAGAAACCCAAGGAGCAACAACGCAGUGUCCUCCGCCCUGCGGUGCUCCAGGCUCCUCCCUCCAAAUCCCACAUGGAGUCCAAUUCCAGUUGUGGGACCAACGGAGUGAAGAAGUCAUCAGAUGGUGGACUUGUGACCCAGUCACUCUUCCUGAACAACACCGAGCACUCAGCCGGCCUCAUCAAAUCACCGAAACAUGAAAAUGAGGAAGAUGGAGCAAGUGGUAACAAAGAGGGGAGUGGAAGAGAAAAGAAGGAGUCGGAUGUAGCAACGUCUUUUGUGUUUGGUCAGAAUAUCAAAGACAGAGCCAAGUUGGAAGAGAACAGUACAGACGACAAGUCUAAGGACAGUGUACCACUGGAGUCUCAAUCAGAGGGCACUAAUUAUUUCUUACAGUACAUCUCCACCCCAAGUUCAAAAAAUGCCACAAACAAUACAGAAGCUGGGGCAAAAUUUGUCUUUGGACAGAACAUGUCUGAACGAGUUCUGAGUCCCCCAAAGGGAGAGUCAUCAAAUGAGGAAAAUAAAGAGGUUUCAGCUGCCCCUGCUUCAGAGUCCUUAUCGCAGGAAGCAACCCCAGAGAAGGUGAACAGCGUGACAGAGUCUUUGGAGGAGUCUGCAGCAGCGUACACCAAAGCCACAGCCAAGAAGUGCAUCUUAGAGAAAGUUGACGUCAAAACCGGAGAAGAAUCGGAAAGCAAUGUUUUACAGAUACAGUGCAAGUUAUUUGUGUUUGAGAAGACGGCCCAGUCAUGGAUAGAGAGGGGUCGGGGUUUGCUGAGGCUCAAUGACAUGGCAUCAACAGACGACGGCACGCUACAGUCCCGUCUAGUUAUGAGGACCCAAGGCAGUCUCCGGUUGAUCCUCAACACUAAACUUUGGCCCCAAAUGCAAGUGGACAAGGCCAGCGAGAAGAGUGUACGCAUCACUGCCAUGGACACAGAGGACCAGGGGGUCAAGGUCUUCCUAAUAUCGGCUAGCUCUAAGGACACGGGGCAGCUGGCUGCAGCGCUGCACCAUCGUAUCUUGGCUCUGAAGAGCAGGGCGGAGCAGGAGCCUGAGGCCCCGGCAGCCACCAUCCCUGAAGCUGAGGUACCGCAGUCCAAUGAGGAGGACAGUGAUGAGGACGAGGUCAAUCCUGCCUCAGCUUCAGCCUCAACUCCUGCUACAGGUAAUUCAGAGGGAGGAGAGAGCCAGGCGGCAGGAAGCACAUAGCGUCUCUCUAGGAUGGCCUGCUAGGAUGCUGCUGUUGAGGCAUUUUGCUGUAGGCAUCUCCAUGGACACCCCUUGACCAACAUGGGUCCUCCAGACCAGUACUUUUGGAUAUUAGAAGUCUAGCUCCAGGAAAUAACCCCCUGUGCCGGAGUGUCUCACCCAACUCGUGCAGUUCAUCUUCUCUGCAUUCAGCGUAAUAUCUGGAGUCGUUUCUUUCCCCCUUCCUGAUUUGUGUUUUAUUUUUGUUUUCGAGUAUUAUGAUUUUUUUUUCUCCGAUAGCAAAAAUAAAGACUUCAAAGUUUUGGUUUGGGACUUGUCUGCUCAUCAUAUUGAUGAGUGUAAGGGUGUUUUCCUCUACAUUUUAAAGUAUGGCACAUGUUAAGACUGCAGUUUCUACUUUGGGACCUUUUUACUCACUCUACAGCUGAACCUCUGGGAGCCACACAUCCAGAGGAGCUUCAUUCACAGUGUAUUGACUAGUCAUCCAGUCAGUUGUUCCUACAUCGAGUCCUACCCUCUCAGUCAGUCUGUUCAUUUGGUUCUGGCAAAUGUAAUUUAUUUUUGGUCAUCAUUUUAACGAGGCAUCUCAACACAUAUGCACUGUUUGUAAUGGCUAGCCAAGACCACUCAAGUCAUCAAUAAUAGCAGUUUCUUAUAUUUCCUAUUGACCUAUACUAUAGUGAAUAAAGGACUGAAACAAUGCUGGUUCUGCUCAUGUGAGUUAAUAAUUUGAGGACAAGAAGAGGGCAGAAGGAUUCACCUGAAAAUUGUCUCUAAAUUCAUGACAUUGUGUUAGUCACUGACCCUUGUGGGUUUUUUCUGUUCGAUCUUUGUUUUUGUCUCUCAACAACUUAACUCAGCAUCAAUCAACAUUCUGCAUGUAACUUUUUCUUUCCAACAUCCUGAGGGUUUAUUGUGUUGAUACAUAUUUUUUAUUUUGAAAAUAUUAUGUAAACUUUUUAUCCAUUUUCAUUUGGAAAAAGACAUGUUGGAAUGAAGACUUAUUUUAUGUGUGGAAAAUUUGAGUGACUGUAACUGUAAUACCCUUGAAUGUCAUGUACAUUUGAAUAUAUUAUCAUUUAGUAGCACACCAUGUUUCUCAUCUCCUCCGACUGCCCCCUUUACAAAAUAAACCAUUUUGGACUGACCUCUUAGAUUUUCUUCA